AUGCCAUCAGACACAUACGACUACGUGAUCGUCGGCGGCGGCACGGCUGGAUGCGUACUCGCAUCGCGCCUGCACCACGGUGACCCUUCACUCUCCAUCGUCGUGAUCGAAGCUGGUUCCGAUGUAAGCAAGCGCGCCGAUGUUCUGGACGGGUCCCAAUGGGCUCCGCUGCUGGGAACAGAGCUCAAUUGGGACUACAAGACUGUGCCACAGAAGCAUCUCGGUGACCGCAGUAUUGCGAAUGCUGCCGGGAAAGCGUUGGGUGGAAGCACUGCUAUCAACGCGGGUGCCUGGACGCGCGGUGACAGACAAAACUACAAUCACUGGGGGCACGUGGUUAAAGACUCUCGCUGGAGCUACGACGGCCUACUCCCUUAUUUUCGGAAAAUCGAGACAUUCCAUGACCCUCACGGCAGCGCGAAUAGUCACGGAUUUGAUGGGCCAAUAAAACAGAUUACCCCGUCGGCACGAGGGUAUCCUCUUCGAAACCCACUGCAAGCCGCGUGGGCUGCCGCCGGAGUUGGGUUUAUACCGGACAUGAACAGCGGAGAACCCCUGGGCGUGGCUGAGAUGAUUGAGGACCGUCUCGAUGGUCAGCGGAUUGUCGCACCUUUUGUAUAUCCAUUAGAUGGCGUGGAUGUCUUGACAAAUACGCUGGUGAAACGGGUCAUUAUCAAGGAUAUAAACGGCAAAAAGGUGGCCACGGCAGUGGAAUUGGCAGACAAUGAAACUGUCAUAGCUGCGCGCCGAGAAGUUAUUGUUUCGGCCGGGGCAUAUCGAUCUCCUCAGGUCCUUAUGCUGUCUGGCUUGGGCCCUAGGGAUGAGCUAGAGAAGCAUGGGAUCGAUGUGCUUGUCGACACUCCCGAUGUUGGACUCCAUCUUCACGACCACCUCAGCGUUUUGCAAUGGUGGAAGCUCAAAACCCCUGAAAAGGGCCUCUCGAUUGGGUCUCCAUUCUUUAUUAACUCGGAUUAUUUCAAGGGGAACCCGGUAGACUUUUUCACAACGCAGUCAGUGCCAAAACAAGGCCUCUUGGACGCCCUAGCUGUCGAUGGCAACUUCGAUAAUGCAGAAGUGGCUUCACAGCGCAGUCACCAUGAAACAUGGAUUAUGUAUGUGGCUCAAAAUGCCGAGAACCCGGCCAUUAUCCCCGACGGGACUCAUAUCACGACCUCUGUGAUUUGCAUGCUUCCGACGUCACGAGGAUCCAUCAAAAUAGCAGACGCAGAUCCCUCGAGUGCGCCCUUGAUAGAUCCAAAUUACAUGGCCACAGAAGCUGACCGGUACACCCUGAGAGAAGGAAUGCGAAAACUGUACCAGGUUUUUCGAGAGACGGAUGCUGGGCGCGAGGUUGUGGAGAGCGAGACUGUUGGCGAGGGCACCAAAGCUGUGUCCCCGGAGGUGAGUAACGAGGAUCUGAAUGAGAAAAUUCGCCGUCAUCCUCAGUAUGUCUACUCCUUUUCUUCUUUAUGCAUGUGCUGA